AUGGUUCGCACACGCUCGUCCACAAACUCGGCCCCUGCCGCGAAGGCAGGCAGCAAGCAUACCACAAAAAGCCCAUCCCCUCCAGCUCCGAAGCGUGGUCGACCUACCAAGAAUCAGCAGGAAACAAGUAAUGAGGAUAUCAAUCGCGAGCCGGUAGCUGCUAAUGGGGAUGACGUCAAGAUAAAAGUUAGCAGCGAGCCAAACAAAGAUGCCGAGAACAAGACCAACGGGGAUCAGAAUGAGAUUAAGAAAGAUCAGGAGGAGGAUUCAGCGAAAGAGCAGGGCAAGAGUGAGGGUGAGAAUGCCAAGAAAGACGACCAAACGCCCGAGAAACCCAUUGUCAAUGGGUCCGAAGUUCCGGAGGACACCAAACCUGUUGAGCAAGAGAAAGAGGCCAAGCCCCAAGAUAUCAAACAUGAUAAACCAGCUACUUCCGAGGCUGGAGAACGUCCACCUGACGUCCCCUCUUCCAUCCUCGAAAAAGGCAUCAUCUACUUCUUCUUCCGACCGCGUGUAAGUGUCGAGGAACCAGAGAGUAUUGAUGACGUAGCACGCUUGCAUGUUGUGUUACGCCCCCUUCCACUUGGUGCCCAUAUGGGAGACCUGCAGGACGAUGGAAAGGCUAGAAUAUUUAUGCUCCCUAAGAAGGUAUUGCCCACCAGCAGCCGUGAUAGAUAUUUGGCAUUUGUGGAGAAGGGGGGUGCCACUGUGAAGGAUGUGAGAGAGGGGUUUGCGGGAGAAGAGCAUGACACGAAGACCCGUGGGACAAGACUGAUGGAUGUUAUGGACGAUAGCCCGAGAGUUACUCCCGCGGCAACGCCGUUUGCUGAAGGUAUCUACGCCAUUACAUCCACCCCACGGAGAUCCCAUCUCGCCUACCAAAUCACCGUUCCGCAACCCCUCGGCGACGUGCAAGAAACCUUUGGUCUAAGGGAGAAAGGGAGCUUUAUUGCCCAAGUCAAGAACCCCCAAGCGCCUGGUCCCGCCAAUGCGAGCAUCAGGAAUCCAGCCCAGUAUCCCGAGGAGAUGCAGAAGAAGUUCAGGGACCUGAGAUUCAUGCCACUUGAACCAAAGCACUUGGAUUAUGUGCAUACUCAGCUGCUGCUAAUUGGAGAGGGAAUUGGGCAGUUUGGGAGGUCUGUUGAGGAACAGGGGUUGGAUAAAGAGGACCCGGCUAAGAAGCAGCCGGAGGAGGAAAUGGAGAUUUGGGAAGAUGAGGCAAGCUUUCCUUCAAUAGGCAAUAAAUAA